CACGCACAAGAGCAUAUAACAGGGAUGCUCAAGCAGUACACUGUCCAAGGGGAGGCAAGCAAGAGAGGGGGGAAAAGACGUUAUUUUUUUUCUCCUGUAUAGUCUUUGAAAAGCCAGGCAACAGCAUCUUUAGACAAGAUGUGCUCUUGCAUGAAUUUAAGUGGAAGAGACAAAGAAACCAUGCCACUAGCAGCAUCGGAGAAAAAAACUGAAAUCACCAAGCACUGAGAAUUCAAUCCAGGGAAUCUGAGGGGAAGAAAAAGCAAACUGGCAAACAGGGGAUCAGUCAGGAAAUAAUUCGUGUGGAAAGGGAUACAGAAAACUUGGUAUCUAAAUCAUUUUCACAGCAGCAGCAUCAUAUGAAAAUUCUAUUCUGAAAUUUCCAUCAGGAAGUGACGAGCACUACGAUUAAGAUCCACACAACAUCCUCAGUGCCACAGAUUCUCAGUUACCUCCAAAGAAGGUCUUCCCUUUCCACAGAGAGAUCAGCAUCAAGAGAGAAAAAAAAACACACAAGCAACAUACUGAUGGGAAUAACCAUCCAAAACAUCACAGGAAACACGGCAGUGGUAAUUUGGCCAAAAAUGGCCAGCUGUGUUGACAGUUUUUACAGCAUCAUGUACCACCCUAACUGGAACAACAUGCUAUCCAGCUACUCGAGAAAAAGCUUUCAGAAGGAAGAGAGGGUGCCCACCAGUCGCUCCUCCUUUGUUGUUGAAAACCUAACUCCACUAACCACAUACAUCAUGUGCGUGACCUGCCAGUCCGCAAACCCCUCCAGUGACCAGUGCAGAGUGUUUAACACACUGGAACGAGACCCGGCAUCUGCGAGCAACACCAAGAAAGAGCUGGCACUGGGCAUCUGGCUCACCAGCAGCAUCCUGCUCCUCAUCAUUGCUGCAAUCCUCCUCUACGGCUGCCUGCACCUCCUGUGCCGCAGGAGACAUGAGCGCUUGCAAGAACAAAACAGGACCUCCAAACAAGACCACGAGGAGGCAUGGACCAAAAGCGUGGCUUACACCUCAGAGGAGUUCAGCAGACAGAGACAACAGAUGCAGGACACGGAAGAAAAGCAUCCAGGUGGCAUCCAGCUGGCCACAAUCAUAGAGAAUCCCUCUGUGUGCAAUGAGCCUGUCACGUCAACUUCCCAAAGUCGGGAACAAGUUCCAGUAACGAGACAGUGCUCUGCUAUAAAUUAGAAACUCUUUGUCAGGGAGAAGAUUUUUACUCCGUAUGAUAUCCCAACUGCUUCCAACACAUCACGUGCAUUGCCAGCGCUCACAACAGGGAGCUCUGACUUCUCACCCCAGCGCUCUCAGCUGUACCUCUGGUGUCAUAUCCCUCUCCAACAAUCUAUACGCAUCCAGAAGUACUCAGAAGCAAAGGUUCACAUUCCCAAGAAGUGAGCACUUCAGUUACACUCCAUUGUUUUAAAAUGAAGCAUGUAGCAAAUAAUUGGUUUACAUUUCAAGGGGAUUUUUUGGUUGCUUUUCUUUAGUCUAAAACAGCAAGCAAAUAGAAAAAUUAAUCAAAAGUGACCAUGAGAAUUUUUGUAGGUUUUUGGGGUUUUGUGUAUUUUUUUUUUUAACUAGAGUGAAUAAGACUGAGUAGAAGUUUUCAGAUGGCAACCCAGCCUGCUACACUACAGGCAACUGGAACAUACACACAGAAUGCAGUGGGGUUUGACAGUGUGAGUUUUGCUCAUACAAAUUUAACUGCUUCCCAAACCACACACUGCAAACUACUACAUUCAGAUUAUAUACUUCACUGUCCAUGGUGCUCUCCAUAGCUCCCAUGUGCAUUGAGGUCAGUCUCAGUAUGUAAGCUAAACUCACCAGGAUUUUUGUGGUAUCCUUUCAUCUGUCUUUGAAAUUUUCCCUUGGUGUAAAUACAUGCAGCACAGUGACUUUGUAAGGACACUUCUAAUUAAGGAAACAUCCUGAGUUAUCAUAUUUUGCACUCUUCUGCUCCCACCACAAGCUACCUUCUGCUCCAUGGGCCAGUGACUCCCUGUAGGGGUAAUGGAAUUCAGAGAAGCAGCUCCCGGCCCUUCCUUCUCUCUUUCCCUUUCAGUUUCAAUGAUAAAACUCACUAAUCAGCUGCAAAUUUCUUUCUGAUUGCACAGUACAUUUUGAGUAAUGAAGGAGGGCAAGAUAGUAAAAAUACAUUUUAUUUUUGUAAGAAGAAAACCUGCCGAUUAUCUUACUCUGCCUCGAGCUUCAUGGCAAAGUGCCAAGGUCCUUUAGACAGAAACCUGUUCACCCUCACAACAUUACAACUCUUGUCUGACUUGCAUGCGUAAGUCAUCCUGUUUUAAAUCUCUUAAGUGCGUUUGUGUUCCAUAAAAACAUAAUAAAUCUUAGUAUUGCUAUAUAGUACAUAUAAAAUACAGGAUAUUUUGCCUAGAAAACAAAGGUAUACUGUGACUGCAGGCAUUUUAAAUUGUUAUUGGUAUGAAUGUAUGUGUGAAGUCAGCUCUCACCAACACAGCUCAGUUGUACCAGUAAAAGCUGGAGAACUGUUAGCUGGGCACAUGCCAUCCCUUUCCACCAUGCCCUGGAAGUUAGGGGAGCGUACAAUUUUGGCAAGAGAGUGCCCAAUUUCACAGCAGGUAGCAGAUCUCUUCAGCUACUCUAUUUUGACAACAAUUCCCACGACUUGUGAAAGGCAUCAACUCUCAUAGUGGUAGGAAGACACAAGUUGGCAUAAGUUUGAUGCAUCUUCUUUUUUUUUUUUUACUAGGAUAAGCAUGGCACACAGAAAUGUAUGCUGAUGGGGGCAAGUAUUACUUUUAGAAAUCAGUUCAAAAGGCAUCUGUAUUGUGUGAAGUCAGCCAUAACGUUUUGUCCACCUGCUACAAAGCAUUUCCUCCA